AUGGCUUCCUCGUCGACGCCAGCGACGCCGCUGCUCUAUUCCUGCAUCGCACACAAAACGACUAUCCUGUCGGAAUGCACAACCUCGGCCUCGUCGCAAACCUCGUCGCUCGCCUCCCUGAUCCUCCCCAAGAUUGAGCACACCAAGCCGCAAAAGCUCACCUACACCCACGGCAGCCACCAGAUUCACUACAUUGCAGAGGCUCCCUCCGAGUACCCCGAUCACCCAGCCGCCGGUGGGCUGACGUUUCUCGUCAUUGCCGACGCCUCGCUUGGCCGCCGCGUGCCCUUUGGCUACCUUGUCGAGGUACGCCGGCGCUUCUUCGCCGCGUUUCCCGAGACGAGCGACUUUUCCGACAUGCCCAACUACGGCGCCGGCUCCUUCAACGGCACGCUCAAGACACUCAUGGUCGACUACGGCGCCACGAGCGGCGGCCAGAGCGAUGCCAUUGGCAACGCGCGCCGUGAGAUUGAGGACGUGCGCGGAAUCAUGACCAAGAAUAUCGAGAGCCUGUUGGAGCGCGGCGAGCGCCUGGAUCUACUCGUAGACAAGACGGACCGGCUCGGGGGUAGCGCGCGCGACUUUCGCGUGCGCAGUCGGGGUCUCAAGCGCCAGAUGUGGUGGAAGAAUGUCAAGCUUAUGGCCCUGCUCGCUCUGGUCAUCCUCAUCAUUAUACUGGUCAUUGUCAUUUCUGUGAAAAAUUGA